AUGCGUUGCACCGCUGCUACUAUCCUGGCCAUGGCCAGCGUUGUCUCUGCCCACACCCACCUUUGGAGUGUCUGGAUCAACGGCGAAGACCAAGGCGAUGGUCGAAGCAAAUACAUCCGAAGCCCCCCCAACAACGACCCCGUCAAGGACCUGACCUCCCCCAACCUUGUCUGCAACGUCAACGGCGGCAAGGCCGUCACCGACUUCGUCUCUGCUGCCGCUGGUGACGAGAUCACCUUCGAGUGGUACCACAACACCCGCGCCGACGACAUCAUUGACCUGUCCCACAAGGGCCCCAUCAUCACCUACGUUGCCGAGUACACCGACAGCGAUGGCACCGGCGGCAUCUGGACCAAGAUUGCCGAGGAGGGCUACGACGGCUCCAAGUGGGCUGUUGAGAAGCUCGUCUCCAACGGCGGCAAGAAGGUCGUCACCAUCCCCUCUUCCCUGAAGGCCGGCAAGUACCUGUUCCGCCAGGAGAUCAUCGCCCACCACGAGUCCGACACCGCCUACAACGUCAACUCCGCCCGUGGUGCUCAGUUCUACCCUACUUGCGUCCAGGUCGAGAUCACCUCCGGCGGUAGCUCCAGCCCCAGCGAGAACUUCGACUUCAACACCGGCUACACCUACGCCGACCCCGGCAUCGUCUUCAACCUCUACGGAAGCUACACCAGCUACACCAUCCCUGGACCUGCUGUCUGGGCCGGCGGUGACAGCGGCUCCUCUCCUUCCUCCUCAGCCGCUGCUCCCACCGCCACCGCUACCACCAGCGCCGGCUCUGCUCCCACCUCCUCAGCUGCCCCCAGCACCUCGGCUGCGCAGCCAAUCACUUCUUCUCCUGCUGCCACUCAGACCGCCACCCCCAGCUUCACCUCCAUCGUCACCUCCGCCACCGCCCGUCCCACCAACGGCGGCAACAACGGCGGCUCCCCCAGCGCCAGCUCCAGCGCCGCCGUCCCCAGCUCUACCAAGGCCCCCAGCACCUGCGCCAAGAAGCGCUCCAUCCGUGGUGGUGCCCGCCCCAAGCUGUAA